AGAUGAGGGACUAAGAUAUGCUAGUAUCACAAUACCUGUAUUGUAUUUUAUUUGUUAUAAAUUUUUUUAGUUUUUUUUGUGGGAUACAAGUGGUCAUACAUAUGUACUAGAGCAGAGAGCAUAUGGGUAUUAAUAUGCAAAAACUGGGCAGACACCUUUAACCUGGUUUUGAGUUAUAACACUUUGAAGUUUGCAUAACAACUACAAAAUUUUUGGAUCUGAUGAAUUAUAAAGCUUAUAAAGAGUCCAAUUUAACUGACAAAUAUUUUUUUAAGCUCUUCAGAUGAUGCUCUGUAUGCUUAAGAAGUAUGAUAUGCAUUAAAGGAAAUUUGUUGCAGUUGUAGAUUUGCCCAGUUUUCGCAUAUCAGCACCCAUAUAGGAUUCGGGGGAGUGAUGGAUAGAAUCCCAUCUGGUAGGGAUUAGGUUGGGUAUGAUAGUGGGUUUAGGGCAUGACUGGUAUAGAUGUCAUGAUGGUUGUUUGUGGUAUUUUUCCCUGUUAUGUAGGUUUUCCUAUUGUAUGUGUCAAGUAUACUAUCUACCUGUACUUUAACUUUGAGCUCCUCCAUAGCUAGCAGAGAGAUCCCAGAUCCCUCCAUCAUGUCGAACAUCAAACUGUGCUUUUCUCCUGUGCACUGCCCAAUUCUGCUGCACGGACAACUCGCCGUUCACUUGUCAGUGAGCUGUCAUUAGAGCGUUGCCAUCAAAAAGUGCGUGAACGAGAAUACAGGAUAAGGGAUAACUCGCGUUAGCAGCCGAGGCGGCAUACCAGUCAGUCCAUCCAUAGUGGGGUCAUGCUCACCCCGCUAUUUGUAAUCCUUUACCCACCCAUCUGCGCUUCCGCCUCACCUCGAACACCGUUUCCACCCAAUUCCAACCCAACCAACCCCCAGCUCCAAAAGCGGAAGAGGAAGAAAAAAGAAAAACAGUAAAAAAAGAACCCCCCCCCCUUGACCAGGAUGCUCACCAAAGAAACCCAUCACGACGUCCAAACCAGUGUUUCCGGCACCCCCAUGCGGAUUCACCUCUUCCACCCUGCCAUCCCCAACUACCCCAAGGCAAAGUUCCCUGGUGUUGUCGUCUUCUCCGAGAUAUACCAGGUCACCGGGCCCGUCGCUCGCUUCGCCAGACAGAUCGCUGGGCAAGGAUAUAUCUGUGCUGCUCCCAGCUCGUUCCACGAGUUCGUUGGACCGGAACCAUUGGAGUAUGAUGUCCGGGGGACGGAUGAUGGGAACAAGUUUAAGAUCGAGAAGAAGGUGGAGGCCUACGAUGAGGAUGCAAGGUUGACGGUGGAUCUGUUGAUGGGGCUGGCUACUUGUAAUGGUUUGCUUCCAUCUCUAUUCCUCGUCGGAGUUCUUAGGGAGUUAAUGGAUCGUUAGGACGUAUUGGUGCUACGGGGAUGUGCCUCGGUGGUCAUUUGGCUUUUAGAUGUGCGCUUGACAGUCGGGUUCGGAGUGCAGUUUGCUACUUUGCUACCGGUAAGGCUGAUGUUUUUUUUUGCAUUGAUUUAUUACUCUCUUGGAUGAGAUCCGUCGCUAAUUGACUUGCGAGGGCAGAUAUUCACUGUGCCACACUAGGCCUAGGCAAGAAUGACGAUUCGCUCAAGAGAGCGGGGGAGAUUGAGGGAGAAUUAGCAAUGGUUGGUCAUCCCCAACUGAGUUAGGCAAGUCGGUGAGUGGAGGGCUGACACGAACAGAUAUUUGGAAAAAUGGAUAACCACGUUCCCCCGGCUGGGAGAGACUUGAUCCGCAAAGAAUUGCACGAUAAAGGACGUCUCUUUAGCUUUUAUGAAUUUGCAUUCGCUCAGCACGCGUAAGUUGCCCUAGUGCCUCAAUUGCAGACUGAUGUUGAUUCUCUGGGAUCCAGAUUCAUUCGUGACGAGCUUUCUAAGGGGAGAUACGAUCCCGCCAUUUCCAAGAUCUGUUUUGAAGUGCUGCUAGAGUUAUUCGGGAGGACAUUGAAGACAGAAUUAGGAGAACCAGAAGUGGACAAUACCCCUGUCGAAAACGUAUGCUGAGGUACAAUUUUACCUUAUAUCCAACCGGGCAGAAUCAACACAGGAUAAGCUCUUAUUAUUUCUCCCUUACACCUUAUCAGCAACCUGUUCGAAGACCCUCACAAACUCCAUAUGAUCCUGCGCACCGCCCAUCUGCCACUCGCCAUUGAUAGUAAAGUUCGGCACCCCUCUAAUCCCCAUCACCUGCGCCUUCCCAACCUCCCUAUCCACUACCUCCCCACCCGAACCGCUCUCCAACCACCCUCUCACCUUCCCCUCCUCCAACCCAGCCCUCACCGCGGCCGCAGUCAAAACACCAUGAUCCGUGAUAUCCUCCUCAUUCUCAAAAUAACUCCUGAAAAUCUCCUCAACAACCCUUGUCUGUAGCGUCCCCCCCUCCUCCUCUUGCCCCGCAAGCUGAAUCAACCGAUGCGAAUCCCUAGUACUCCCCGUCUUCCCGCCAAAUUUGAAGUCAAUGCCGACAUCCCUCCCCACACCCCGCAAUCGCGCGAAUAUCAUAGCAGCGCGGUCGUCCCCGAACUUGUUCCUGUAGAAUUCCGCCUUUUCGAUAGCAGGCGUCGGCGCGUUCGGGUUCAGGUAGUAGGGUUUCCAGGACACGCAGAAGGUCGCGUCAGGGGAUCGGGCCUUAUACGCAGCCAUCGCCUUCUGCAACUUCUUGUGGCCGACAUAGCACCAGGGACACACGGUAUCUAAAACUCACGCCGAUUCGUUCGUCAGUCACUCACUCACUGAGCCAGCCAACCAACCUCCCAGAGUUGCGAAAGUUGAGGAGGGAUGACGACCAACUUACCGGAGACGAUUUCCACAGUGAAUUCAGACAUUCCGUCCGCGAGAGAGAAGGGGGGCUAAGUA